CAAUAGAUGGAACCCGCGAUUGCAUCGAUUGUCAACGGUGGAGAGACAUGCGCCAUGGAGACGGAGGACAUUCUGAAGGGUUUUGCAAAUGGCAGCAAGGAAGGAAAUCCGGUUGGAGGGAACACCACAGACUGUGCAGAGGUGCUUGCGACAAUGUAUGCACAGACUGCAGAGAUGAUGGGUGAUGGUGAUGAAACAGAGAAUGACGCAGGAGCGAGCACUUGUGAGAUGGAAAAGGUUGGGGAAGAAGUAUUAAGGUUGAACGAUGAGGCAACACCACAGGAGAAAAGGCGAUAUGCAUUGGAAAUGUGGCGUGUUCUGGAGGCGCAGGGCGAGUUCGGGCUGAACGAUUUUUUGUACGACAGUUUUGAUUGCGGACAGUCAUGGGUGAUUGGUGGGAACGACGCAACAGGGAGUACGGCGUGCCACGAGAGCAAUGCGAGGAGGGAUCCUAGCUGGGGUUGGGUGCCAUGUGCGAUCCCGAUUCCAUGUGGUCGUGUGAGGAUGAUGAUGCGUGAUGCCAUGGGAAAUGUCUGGAGCACGCAUUAUGUGAAUGACAACUUCUCCUUCAGGAACCUCGUACGCCGGUCAUUGGCGUUGCGCGAAGAGAUCGAGAUCGUGAGGAAACGGAGGAAGAGAACGGUUGAGAACCGGUCGUCCGUGACAGAUUGUAUGGCCAUCGGAAUGAACACCCUCGCAUUACGAGAUACGACAAUGCUGCAACUGCAGUGGUUCGACAUCGAUGACGACGGCGUCUUGAACCGUCCACCCAAGGCCCCCGAGAAGAGGUCGUGGGAAGACAAAAUGUCAAAGGCGCACCACAGGACAAAGAAGAGAAUCACGUACAAAAAGGACAGAAUGGUGGAGAUGAUCGAUCUGAGAGGCUCGAACGAUAUGCACAGCGCGGCCCGAGAGGAGGCAGAAAGGAACACGACCAGUCCAUAUCAGAAAAGUUUGACGGGGAGGAGAACGAGGCAACAAGUGACGAGGGAGGUGAUAGUGAAACUUCCGACGGACAUUCUCGCGACACUCACGACGCUCAUGACGAGGACGGUAGGAGCAGCGACGGCACAGCGCAGGACGAGGGCGGUGACGGGGCAGGCGAAGAUGACAGAAGCGCGAACGGAAGAGAGAGUUCCCCAUCUCCGGGAAGAACGCAACGCACGAGGGAACCCGAAAGUGGCGGCGAGGGAGGCGCAGCCGACGCGCCCUCGAUUGACAGACGACUAGUGAGGCAUGACAACGCAGUUCAAAAAGGUUAACAAAAUGUGUUGCAAUUG